GUCCGCAUGCACAGGUUGCUCAGGAAGCUCAGCGGAUUUUACCAUGAAAUCUGAUGACUGUAUUAUUUAAAACCCUUACAAAUAAAUCUAGAACACACAACAAACAAACAACAAAGAGAUGUCCCAACGCCACCACACCAAGUCUUCCUUAACGGCUUGUUUCUUCCCAACCACCAACGCCGCCGCCGACGACCUGCCAUCUGCGUCACCUCCUCCUCCGCCACCACCAACCUCCGGUAAGUUAAAACUCACAACUUGCUUUUAUAAUACAAACCUUGGUCUCUUCUCCCUCACCUGGUCAAAAACAUUCCUUGGCCAUUCUCUUCAUCUCAAUCUUCACCCUUCUGACUUCACCGGUUCUCCUUUUUCUUUCUCUCAUGGCUCUCUUUCUGAUCCCUCAACUGUAUCUUUUCACCUCCAUAUUGAGCCCUUUAAGUUUUGGAAAAAACAUGGUUCAAAAAAGCUCAUGAAUAACGCCCCUGCAACAUCUUUGAUCCAAAUAUUUUGGGACCUCUCUCGAGCUAAAUUUGGAUCCGGGCCCGAACCCCAAUCCCGAUUCUACAUCGCUGUUGUUGUCGAUGGAGAAAUCGCCCUGCUUGUUGGCGAUUCUACAAGGGAAGCUUAUGCGAGAACCAAAGCUCGCAAGCCUGAGAAAGCAUCCCGAGUUCUUGUUUUGAGAAGAGAGCAUGUUUUUGGCAACAAAGUGUACUGCACAAAAGUUAAAUUUGGAGGCAAAACGAGAGAAAUUUCGAUAGAUUGUAGUGUCAACAGCGACGCCAGGCUGAGUUUCAGUGUUGAUAACAAAAGGGUAUUGCAGAUAAAGAAAUUAAAGUGGAAAUUUAGAGGAAACGAGAGGAUUGAAGUUGAUAAAGUUCCUAUACAAGUGUCAUGGGACGUUUAUAAUUGGCUUUUUGAAGACAUGAACAACGGGCGUGCAGUUUUUAUGUUCAGGUUCGAAAAUCUUGAAAUCCGAGAGCGAGACGAAGAAGAAGAAAACAGUGGUCAAUAUUUGCAACAGGGUUCUGGUUCUUGCAGCUUCGGCGUGAGUGGAAUUGAAUGGAGAAAAAUGAGGAAAAGUUUGAUGAGAACAGCAAGAAGCUCAUCAUCAUCGCCCAUUUCAAUAAUGUCAUCCGCUUCUUCUUCUGUGUGCAGUUCUUCUGUAAUGGAAUGGGCUGCUAGCACAGAAGAAAUUGAAUUGAAUCCUGGAGCUAAUGGCUUCUCACUGCUGAUUUACGUUUGGAAAAAAUGAAUUGAACCUUCUUGUUAUA